GCCGGGACUGUAAUCUGGACUUCGGGUUCUUCUCUUUCGCUUAUCGACGGCCCGACUGCGGCGAGAAGUUUAGAUUCGUGCUUUGAGGCGAGAGUGCCACAACCCCGCACUCCGCGCUGCGCGCCAGUUCACACACAGAGCCCGGAUCAAAGUAAAAAAAAUACAGAAAACAUCUGCUUCGUACUCUGGACUAACACGGGUGCCGGGAUGCGUUUGCGGUGUCCACUCUCUCUCGGGGUCGCCCUGCUGCUUGCAACGUCCGCCCAGGGCCUCGACAACGGCCUGGCCCGGACACCUCCGAUGGGGUGGCUGUCGUGGGAACGCUUCCUCUGCAACGUGGACUGCGCGCGCGACCCUGAAAACUGCAUCAGCGAGAGGCUGUACAUGACCAUGGCCAACAUCAUGCACAAGGAGGGAUACCAGGAGGUGGGCUACCAGUACGUCAACGUAGACGACUGCUGGAUGGCGAACAGCAGACAGCCUGACGGAAGCCUGAUGGCCAACAGCACCAGAUUUCCGAGCGGCAUGAAGAAGCUCGGUGACUUCAUACACAGCAAAGGCCUCAAGUUCGGCAUUUACCAGGACUGCGGGACCCAGACCUGCGCCGGGUAUCCCGGCAGCCUGUGUCACUACGUACAAGAUGCCCGCACGUUCGCAGAGUGGGGUGUCGACAUGCUCAAGCUGGACGGCUGCAACAUCAACCCCAUCUUUAUGGACCGUCUGUACCCGGCGGUAACUUCGGCUUUGAACGCCACCGGCAGAAAAAUCGUGUUUUCCUGCAGCUGGCCGGCUUACCAAGUCGACGCUGGAAUGAAGCCCAACUACCCGGCGAUCGCUCGGAGCUGCAACAUGUGGCGGAACUUCGACGACAUCACGGACUCCUGGGUCAGCGUCCUCCACAUCGUGGACUACUACGCCUCCGUGCAGGACACCCUCACCGCGGUCUCUGGUCCGGGCCGCUGGAGCGACCCCGACAUGCUGAUCAUCGGCAACUACGGCCUCAGCCUUGACCAGAGCAGGGCCCAGAUGGCGCUGUGGGCCAUCCUGGCAGCUCCGCUAUUCAUGUCCGCCGACCUGCGGACCAUCCGCCCAGAACACAAGGACAUCCUUACCAAUCGCCUCGUCAUCGCCAUCAACCAAGAUCCCUUGGGGCGAAUGGGCCGAAGGAUUUGCGUGGAAAGCGGCGUGGAGAUCUGGGCGCGUGCGGUCCUACCACUGGCGGACGACAAGUCCACUUCGGCAGCCAUUGUGUUCUUCAACCGCAGAAACCUGGGAGGCCCCGUGAACGUCACAAUAAAGUUGGCCAGCCUCUCACUCGUCUACCGCAACGGCUACGACGUGCUCGAUCUUUUCAACCCGGGAGCACAAACUGGCUGGUUCAUGCCCACCGAUGACCUCACGGCAAUGGUCAACCCGUCCGGGGUCGUGAUGCUCAAGGCGACACCCAGGAUUCCUCCAACGACACCUCCUCCCCCCAAGGCUUCUCCCUUAGAUGUGAAGGGUGGUGGAAUUAAGGGCGGUGAUGUCCUCAGUGGCGUGGAGGGAGCUUCGACGCCAAUGGGCGUUGGAAUUAAGGGCGGUGAAAUCAAGGGCGGUGAUGUCCUCAGUGGCGUGAAGGGAGCUCCCACGCCAAUGCUCAAGGUCACCAAUGUUGGCGGGGGAGGAACCAAAGGUGGCAUCAUGGAAUCCGCGGGGGUUAAAGGAGCACUGAUGUCUGAGAGCAAGGGCGGAGCCGUCACCGAGGCCGUGAAGGGUUCGGCAGUCAAGGGCGGCGUGAAGACCAAGUAAAAAUAAAUCAAUGUAUUGUCUAGCUAUCGAUCGAAGGUCGACGUGUAGGAUACAUAUUUGCCCCUAUGAAUGAUUAAAAAAACAAUGUUGUCUGCUGA